AUGCUAGAAAAAUCAGUGGACACCAGCUCCGAGAUCAUCACCAAGGACCUGAAGGAGAAGAAGGAAGUUGUGGAGGAGGAAAAUGGGGAGCAGGAGGCUAGCAAUGAGGUAGAUGAAGAAGAGGAAGAAGGUGGGGAGGAAGAGGAGGAGGAAGAAGGUGACGGUGAGGAAGAGGAUGGAGAUGAAGAUGAGGAAACUGAGGGUCCUAUGGGCAAGUGGGUAGCUGAGGAGGAUAACGAUGUCGACACCAAGAAGCAGAAGCCUGAGGAGGAUGACUAG